CCACCUCUUCCUCCACCACCUCCACUUGUUCUUCGUGAACGACCACCAGUACCACCACCAGUUAUUGCAUCUCAAACAGUCAUUCGUCGUUUGGCUGGUUUACCAGUUCCACCACGAUCAGUCAUCAUUGAACGUCUUCCACCUCCACCACCACGACCACGUGACAUCAUCAUCGAACGUUGGGUUCCAUAUGGACCUCAAGCUAAACGACGUACCCUUCUUCAACGUGCUGCUCCUCCACCACCAUAUCCAGCUCCACGCAAUGUUAUCAUUCAAUAUGAACAAGCUCCAGUUCGUGUUGUUCGUCAAUUUCAACGCCUUGGUGUUGUUGCAGCUAAUCCAGUUGUUUAUGUUCAAACAUAUGGUGCUCAUCUUCUUGAUGGUGCUUCACUUGUUGCACAAGCUCGUUCUGCUGGUGUUGUUGAAGAUAUCUCAGCCCCUGGCUUUGUUGGUUAUAGUGGAGUUGCAUUAGGUCAAGAAUCACUCGGUGUCUCAUCAGGCUUAGUAGGUGGUGCUGGUCUUGUUGCUGGAGGUGCUGGUCUUGUUGCUGGAGGUGCUGAAGUUGUUGAUGCUGGUCUUGCUCUUGGUGGUGGACUCAGUUCAGCAUCAUGGGAAUCAUCAGGCCUUGUAGCAGGUGGUGCUAGUGGCUGGGAAGGUGGUCUUGUUGCUGGUGGUCUUGGUGCUGGCUAUGGUGUUGGUUAUGGUGGAUUAUUGGGACAAUCUGCUGUUGUUAGUGGAGCUGAUGCUGCUUUCCUUAAUGCUGAUUCUGAUUAUAAUGGUAGUCUUGAUCGCGAUGAAUUCCGCAAUCUCCUUGCUCAAAAUCUUUAA